GAGAGAGAGAGAGGAAAAGUAAAUGGAGAGAGGAAGAACUGUCAAGGACAUUGAAGAAGGUGAUCAUGAAAGAAAAGGAACGUUGUGGUCAGCCUCAGCUCACAUUGUGGCCGCGGUGAUUGGCUCUGGUGUGUUGGCACUGGCAUGGAGCAUGGCUCAAUUGGGUUGGGUUCUUGGGCCAUUGAUUAUCUCUGGGUUUGCCAUCAUCACCUACUACACUUCCACGCUCCUGGCCGACUGCUACCGUCAUCCUGACCCAAUCACCGGGACAGUCAAUCGAGUCUACAUCGAUGCGGUUCGAGCCUACCUCGGCCCGAGAGAGGUCUUCUUUUGUGGAUGUGCUCAGUAUAUCAAUCUCUGGGGUACUCUUGUAGGUUAUACCGUUACUGCUGCCAUUAGCAUGAUGGCGGUCCAACGAUCAAAUUGCUUCCAUCGUAAUGGACACGAUUCAAAGUGUGAGUCUUCGGGCAACUUGUUCAUGAUUUUAUUCGGGGUAGUUCAAAUUGUCCUAUCACAAUUCCCCAGCCUAGAGAACAUCACAUGGUUGUCAGUGGUGGCCGUGGCAACAUCGUUCGCAUACUCUUUCAUCGGGCUCGGGUUAUCAAUGAGCAAAUUGAUCUCUCAUAGGGGGUUCAAAGGUACUCUAUCGGGCAUCGCUGGGUCUUCGCACACCGCCAAGACAUGGAACGUUUUCUUAGCAUUUGGAAAUGUGGCAUUUGCAUACACAUUUGCAGAUGUCUUGAUUGAGAUUCAAGACACAUUGAAGUCACCACCUCCUGAGACAAAGACAAUGAAGAGGGCAAGUUUUGUGGGAAUUGGGCUAACAACAAUAUUCUAUCUCUCACUGGGUUGCAUUGGGUAUGCAGCUUUUGGGAACAAGGCGCCUGGCAAUAUUCUCACUGGAUUUGGAUUUUAUGAGCCAUUUUGGCUGGUAGAUAUUGCCAAUAUCUGCAUUGUUGUGCAUCUUUUGGGAGCUUAUCAGGUAUACGCUCAACCACUCUUUGGUCGUUUCGAAAACACGAUAUCAAAACGAUGGCCAGAAGCAAAAUUCCUCCACAAAACCUACUCAAUAAGAGUGCCUUUUGGUGCAACUGGGCCUUUAAGUUUCACCCUUUCCAAGCUGGUUCUUCGCUCGUGCCUCAUAUUGUUCACAACACUAGUGGCAAUGCUCGUCCCCUUCUUCAAUGCGGUUCUCGGCCUCCUAGGUGCCCUUGGCUUCUGGCCUCUCACAGUCUAUUUCCCUGUUAAUAUGCACAUUGCACAGAGAAACAUCAAGAGGGGAAACCCUAAAUGGAUUCUUCUUCAAGGCCUCAGCAUGUUUUGUCUCCUAAUUUCCAUAGCUACAAGCAUUGGUUCUAUGGCUGACAUCAUAAGCAGCCUCAAAAUGGCAGCUCCUUUCAAGUUGAAUUAUUAAAAUCAAGUUUCUCUCUUUGUAUGUAGAUUGGUGGUUGAAGAGAAUAUUAAAUUAUUAUGUAUUUGAUUUCCGAGAAGUAUGAUUGAUUCUUGGAUAGAAGAGAUUGAUAUGAAUUGAGCUCGAAUUAAAAUAAUGGCCAACUAAUGAGCUAUAUAUGCUGAAUUUGAAUUG